AUCCAUUUUCUAUUUUUCACCGUCGUCUUCCUCUCGCCGGCCUUUUCCUCUACAACUGCUAGAUCUAUAUCUGCUCUUUCUUCAAAUUAAGUUUCCCUCUCUACUGAUUUCUUCUUUGAUUUCCAACUCCUUCUUUCUACACCGUGUAUGUGUGUGGAUCGCCGGCUUUGCUUUCAAUUUGGGUUUCGACACAGUUCACAGUGCAUCACGCAUCGAGAUAUGAAACUGGUGUAUUAGUCUCGUAAUCUGUUUGAUUUAGUGCAAUGGGGAUUUGAAUGGGUUUUGUGGAAUUAGGGUUUUAAAAUGGAAAAAUCAAUGCCGGUUUUGUAAUUUUGAAAGUUCCUCGUUGUUGGGUUGGGUUGGGUUAGUAGGUUUUGGUUCGGAUAAUGCAGAGCUCGUCGAGCUCCAUGGCGCAACCGGAGGCUAUAUUAGAGUGGUUACAGAAGGAGAUGGGCUACAGGCCACUGGGUCCGUACAGUUCCUCCAGCAAGUCGCAGUUGCCGUCAAUUGAAGCGCUUCGAAAGAUUUGCAGAGGGAACAUGAUACCCAUUUGGAACUUCUUGAUUACAAGAGUGAAGUCGGAGAAAACGGUGGAGAAGAUAAGGAGGAACAUAACGGUACAUGGUGGUGGUAGUGGUGACGACAAUGCCAAUUUGGUGAAUUUAGGGAGAGAGGAGGGUAGAAGUAAAGGUAGAAGGAAGGAAAAGGUGGGAGAGGGUUCAGGAGCAGCAGAGAGCAGGGAGGCGGCCCUGAGGGAGAGGGAAGCCGCUGCAAAGGAAGUGGAAAGGCUGAGGAAUAUUUUGAGGAGGCAGAGAAAGGAUCUACGAGCUAGAAUGUUGGAGGUCUCAAGGGAGGAGGCUGAGCGCAAGAGAAUGCUCGAUGAACGGGCCAAUUAUAGGCACAAACAGCUGAUGUUGGAAGCUUAUGACCAACAGUGUGAUGAAGCAGCAAAAAUAUUCACAGAGUAUCAUAAACGUAUUCAUCAAUAUGUUACUCAAGCUAGGGAUGCUCAAACGUCGUGUGUCAACUCUUCUGUUGAACUGGCAAACAGCUCCACUGCAGCCAGUGAAAAAGAAGCUGUAUAUUCAACUGUUAAGGGUGCUAAAUCUGCCGAUGAUGUCAUUCUUAUUGAAACUACAAGGGAAAGAAAUAUCCGGAAGGCAUGUGAAUCUCUUGCAGAAAGAAUGACAGAAAUAAUUCGUACUUCUUUUCCUGCUUAUGAAGGAAGUGGUAUCCAUUCAAGUCCUCAAUUGGAAGCUGCCAAGUUAGGCUUUGAUUUUGACAGUGAGAUUCCUAAUGAAGUUAGGACAGUCAUCAUAAAAUGUCUCAAGAGUCCUCCUCAAUUGCUUCAGGCAAUUACUGCACACACAGUACGUCUGAAAACUUUGAUAUGCAGAGAAAUAGAGAAAAUUGAUGUUAAAGCUGAUGCUGAAACCCUAAGGUACAAGUUUGAGAACAACAGAGUAAUGGAUAUCUCUUCUCCAGAUGUGAGCUCAGCAAUAAAUUAUCAACUCUAUGGUGAUGGGAAGAUAGGAAUGGAUGUACCUUCAAGAGGAACUCAAAAUCAACUUCUCGAAAGACAGAAAGCGCAUGUUCAACAAUUUUUAGCAACUGAAGAUGCACUGAACAAAGCUGCAGAAGCUAGGGGCUUGUCUCAAAACCUUAUAAAACGUUUGCAUGGAAGUGGUGAUGCAGUUUCUUCACACUCACUUGUUGGAGGCACUGCACAAAAUGUUGGCAGUCUUAGGCAGUUCGAGUUGGAGGUCUGGGGCAAGGAGAGAGAAGCAGCUGGAUUAAGGGCAAGCUUAAAUACACUGAUGUCUGAAAUAAAACGCUUGAAUAAAUUGUGUGCAGAGAGGAAAGAAGCUGAAGAUUCUUUAAGAAAGAAGUGGAAGAAGAUUGAAGAGUUUGAUGCUCGCAGAUCUGAACUUGAAACAAUAUACACAGCUCUUCUCAAGGCUAACAUGGAUGCAGCUGCAUUCUGGAAUCAGCAGCCAUUAGCUGCAAGGGAGUUUGCUUCCAGCACUAUCAUUCCAGCAUGUAAUGUUGUUGCAGAUAUUUCAAAUAAUGCAAAAGAUCUUAUUGAUAAAGAAGUUUCUGCAUUUUAUCAAAGUCCCGAUAAUAGCCUCUAUAUGCUUCCAUCAACGCCACAGGCACUUCUGGAGUCCAUGGGUGCUAAUGGAUCCACGGGACCCGAAGCUGUUGCUGCAGCAGAGAAGAAUGCUGCUUUGUUGACUGCAAGAGCUGGUGCUAGAGAUCCAUCGGCAAUUCCAUCCAUAUGCCGUGUUUCUGCUGCCCUUCAGUACCCUGCUGGUUUGGAAGGUUCAGAUUCUGGUCUUGCAUCAGUAUUGGAAUCUCUGGAGUUCUGUCUGAAACUUCGUGGUUCUGAGGCUAGUGUGCUGGAGGAACUAGCAAAGGCUAUCAACUUGGUCCAUGUCCGGUCAGAUCUUGUGGAAAGUGGUCAUGCACUGUUGAAACAUGCUUACCGUGCCCAACAAGAAAAUGCAAGGACAACAAAUUAUUGUUUGAGUCUGGCUGCUGAGCAAGAGAAAAUUGUAAUGGAAAGAUGGCUUCCUGAACUUAAAACUGCAGUUUUGAAUGCUCAAAAGUCCUUGGAAGACUGCAAAUAUGUUAGGGGUUUGCUUGAUGAAUGGUGGGAGCAACCCGCUUCAACUGUGGUAGACUGGGUUACAGUUGAUGGGCAAAAUGUUGCUGCUUGGCAUAAUCAUGUGAAGCAACUUCUUGCAUUUUAUGAUAAGGAGGUCUUGUGAGGACAGAAUUUGGUCAUUAUGAUGCUGCGGAAAGUGUCUCAAAUUUACCUUGGCCCACAUACAUGCAGACAUCUUAACACUUUCUAGUCAGGGUAGAAGAUUAUCAACCCCUGCAGCCUUACUCAGCGUUUCAGAGUAAUAUACACUCUUGGUGGUCUAAGUGAAUGAGUUGCUUGAUAAUUGUUUUAAACUGGCUUGCGGUUGGAAAAACAAGGUCCGGAUGCACUGGAAGCAUUCAUUGAGGAUAGGUACACUUUUCUGUUGGGAAGCUUGUGAGGUGUCCUGGGUUGAGCUGUUGAGGCUGAACUCAGGUCCGUGAAGACAUGUGACAUGUACCUCGAAUCUUUUCAGUUAACACCCGUGAAAGGAAAAGGAUUGUCUAGAAUUAGAUGAAGCUAUCACUUACUACAACAUUAAUUCCUUCUCUAUUGCACUUUUGUCAACUUCUUUUUCUUUUCUUUUUCCUUUAUGAAUAAAACUUUAUUAUGUAA